UGAGAGUGCAAGCAAUAUACGUUAAAGAAAACUGGUAAAUAAGUAGCUACAUGAUAUCUGACACUAGUGCCCGAGAAUAUUCAUACUAGCGAUAGACAUAUCAACUAAUGAUGGGCAAGCCCAUCAGGCGGAACGGGGCUGAAAUGGUUUUUUUUGGGGCCUUGAACAAAUCGCCAUCUGUAUGUAUAAAUGAAAAAAAAGAAAGUAUAAAGCUUAGGCAAUGCGUUCUCUGUACGGAUAUACUCUAUUUGGGGUAAAAAAAGGAGAUGAGGAGAGGAAGCUAAGCGGAGGGAACAAAAAAAGAAGCUGAGACGGGUACCAAAGCACCUGUCAGACCACAUUCAUCGUUGUCAUAUGAAAAAGAAAAUCGACCCUGGGUCUAGAAACUGUUGGUUUAUCCUUCAAUUUCCUUUCCAAAAGGUCUCCGCUUCUAGAUUGCCCUCAACUCCUUUCCACUCCGUCCACAAAGUAAAUAAAGCCAUAGCCAUAUUUGGGGGAAAUGGUAACCUUGAUGGGCUUUUUGUUGUGGAUAAUAAAAUUGCGUAUUCCUCGUUCUUCUGCAAGACAAAGAUUAUGCGCAACGAAGCAAGCAAGCAAGCUAAUGGAGACUUUUCUUUCUUGGGCGUUCUGCAAGUAUCGAGUUUUGAUCCUCAUUUACAGCAAUACCAAACUCGGACGCUGUGUCUGCCUCAAGUUCCUGUUCUCGAAUCGUUGGAACAUCUUUUCACCACGACUUCAUCGACGACGACGACGACAACGACGAAUGUAAAGACUCGUCCAUUUGUUUCCCGGUCGGGAUCGUCUCGAUUCAGUAUGUUGCAGGGCUCCCGAUUUACCGAGGUAUUUGUCGAUACCUCGCGCCACAGCAUGGGUCCUGCCUCGUCGGUCCGUCUGAAAAAGUGCACUCGAUGGUCGAUCCGAAGAGCUCCCCGACGAUGUGUGUCUCAUCCAACCUUGAAACCCGUGUCACCAUCAGUUUCGAUCAACACACAUCAUGCUUCGCAGUGUCGAACGGCUCCCAAACGGACGUUAUCGAAUGCUUUCCAAGCAUUUGCUGGACUGAUUCAACGAGCCAACAAGAAAAAGCGGUCGUCGCCAAACCAAAGUUGGCCCACAGAAACAUGGUUAGAUGAGAUUUCAUCCACCCAUGGCAAACCAUUGGUCGAAACGAAACGAGCCGAAAAUUGGUGGGCGACCACUCCGGCCUUGAUCCCUACCGCUUGUCAUUAACAGUGACAGGAUACUGUGGGUUCUUUGGCACUGGUUUGCUUCCUCAUCUCUCUCUUUCUUUAUUUUCAUUCACUCGCCCUGUUGAAUACGU